GAAUAUACCAUCAUCACAUCGCUCUUGAACUAGAAGUGGAAGUGGAAGUGGAAGUAGAAGUGGAACUGGCACUCGAACUGGAACUCGAACCCGAACUCGAACCCGAACUCAAACCCGAACUCAAACCCGAACCUAAGCUGUUACUCGACUGAGCUAGGAUUAAAGCUCUUCCUUUGCCUUGGCUCGCAUUUCAUAUCCGCCAAAGACGAAAGUCGAAGAGAGCCAUCUUGAACUUGAUCAGGACCUGAACCAGACUCGGACCAAGUUGACCAUUUGCAUCAUCUCACAUAUCCAAUCUACAAUCUACAAUCUACAAUUAUGGCAUUCAACGGUCCUAUCAAUGAGACUUACCCAAUGCCCAGUGCGGCAGAUACCGCUACUGUGUCGCAUACUCAGAAAGGCUUCAAGAUUAGCGCACGUAAGCUUCCAAUCUCGAAAUCAGGUCCAAUAGAUGAGAUGUCAGAGAAGCUCGGUAUACCGGUUCCAGAGAUGAUCUUUGGUGAUAAUAUGGUUGCGAUCGAGCACGUAGCGAGUGGGUGGCGCAUGGAGUUCAACGCAUACGAUGCCCUAGAUCGCGUGGACAAGACGGAUAAAAAUAUGUUAAAAGUAGCUUAUUCAAAAGAGUGGUCAAGUAGCAGGGAGAAAACCCACGAAGGCAUCAAAGAAAUCGUUAAGCCAUUCGACUGGUCGUAUACAACAGAUUACAAAGGCACUAUAACCAACGGGAAAUUAUUCACAUUGGACAACUCCGAUCCGAUACCUAUUGCCCUUCUUAAGCGUCAAGAUCCUAUUCUGUUUUUCGAAGAGGUUGUCUUAUACGAAAGUGAGCUAGACGACAACGGAAUAUCUGUGUUUUCUUGCAAAUUGCGGGUUAUGCCUGACCGAAUGCUUCUCUUGUGCAGAUUGUUCAUGAGACUUGAUAAUGUUCUUGUUAGGAUCAGGGAUACCAGGAUCUAUGUCGAUUUCAACACAAGCAAGGUAAUUCGGGACUACACCGAGAGAGAAGAUGCAUUUGACACUGUCAAAAAAAACCUCCUUUACUCUGGUAAACUACCGGACGAUCUUACUAUAGCCAUGCGUGAUCCAAAUCAGAUUGCCCACCUAGUACCAGAAGUUACUCAUACGAUCGAGAAUCUGACGCUUCCUUAAGCUCUACUCCAAAUAUAGACUUGAAUACUAUUUGAAAAUAAGAGAACGCCACUUAAUGGGUGCGAAAUAGAAUGAGGACUCAGUGUCGAAACUAAUUAGCGUCGCUCUGCAAAGGAUGAACUAAUACAAUAUCAAAAACACAACAGUAUCUUGGCUUGGGAGAGCCAUAGCCUAUCGCAAACCAUAGGUGUAACUCACAGCUGUCGUAAGUGGACAAAAUCGAAGGGGUUGGAAAUUGGGGGUCAUCCAAGAAUAAUGUUAAUAAUUUCGUCACAACAUUUUGGCAACAGGCGCACAACUAAUGAUUUCUGUUGUGCCAGACAAUUGGGCAUAAAAUUUCCAAGAAUGAGUGUAUAGCUUUCGGGGCCCAUGGUGGCCAAUUGCAUAAGGCAGAGGCUAAUCUGGAUGAACGCA